CUCCAGCCCACUCCUUUUUGGAUUCUCCUUCCACGUUUCCUAUAAAUCCACGUUGAAACCGACCACCCUCCUCUGACCGCCUGCCAAAGGAGAGAGAGUUAGCGAGCGAGCGAGCGAAAGAGAGAGCGGCGAUGGGAACGGUUUCGGCAUGGGCGAAACCCGGCACAUGGGCCUUGGACGCCGAGGAGCACGAGGCCGCCACGGAGCCCCGGAAAGAAGACAAGGGCUACGACUCCUCCGACUCCGCCUCCGCCUCCCACCACCAUCACCAGCCUUCCGCAGACUUUCCCUCCCUCGACGCCGCCUCCAAGAUCUCCAAGAAGAAGAAGUCCCAGCGCCUCUCCCUCGCCGAGUUCACCACCGGCAGCGCCGUCACCCAUGGCGCCGGUCGCCUCCGGACCUCCUCCUCCUCCAAGGGCCUUACCACCGACGAUCCCCUCGUCCUCCCCAGGGCCCCGCGCGAGCGCUCCGCCGAGGAUCUCGAGCGCUACUCCUCCCGCGGCUUCGGCUACUCGUCCUACGGCGGUGGCGUGGGCGGCCGCGGCCGGAUCUCUGGCGACGACUCCAAUUCCCGCUGGGGCUCCUCUAGGGUUUCGGACGAGCCGAGGAGGGGCGUCUAUGGGGGGGAAGGUUCUGGAUCUAAUAGGGAUCUUGGCCCUUCUCGUGCCGACGAGAUAGAUGAUUGGGGCGCGGCCAAGAAAUCGGCGGCGCCGGAGAGGAGGGACAGGGGAGGGGUGUUUUUCGAUUCCCAUUCACGGGCCGACGAGUCGGAUAGCUGGAUCUCCAGCAAGAGCGCUGCACGGCCUUCCGAUGGAAGGAGGACGAACGGAGGGGGUUUCGACGGUCCUAGAGAGAGGAGGGGUGGGUUUGAUAAGUUCAACAGGGAGGGAUCGAACGGCGGGCCGGAUUUGGAUACGUGGGCGAAGAAAAGGGAGGAAGCGAGCAGCGGCGGGAGGCCGAGGCUCGUGUUGCAGCCCCGGUCGUUGCCGUUGGCCAACGGGAGAAACGAGGAGCUAAGCCGUGGAGAGCAGCCAAAGGGGCCUACUGAGAAGAGCAAGGGAUCGAAUCCCUUUGGAGGCGCCCGUCCACGGGAGGAGGUGCUGGCGGAAAAGGGGCAGGAUUGGAAGAACAUUGAUGAGAAGCUGGAGGCUAUGAAAAUCCAGGAGGCACCACCUGAAAGGCCGUCAUUUGGGAAGAUGGGGAACGGAGCUGGUAGCUUGCCGGAGGAUCGCACGGGAAGGAGUUGGAGGAAGGCAGAUACAAUUGAUGCUACUCCUCUGCCAAGGACAGAGAAAGAUGAAAUGUUACCAGAAAACUAAGUAAUCGCCGGAACUUUGGCAGAGCUGACCUCAUAACUAUCAAUCAAUCUUAAGAUGAUGGGGCAUUCUGCAGUUACAGUUUCUAUUAUUUGUGGCUUUCGACUUUAUAUUGUGGUAACCCUCGAAAGACUAAGGCAGUUUUGGUAGGCAUUUUGAUUCGUAUCUUAGUAGGCUGGCAUGUAAUGGAGAGCGACAGUAUAGCAUUUGGUUUCCUCCCUCCGCCUUUGCUCCUCUAUACCUUGCUUAGAUUAUUUGAGAUUUUUUUUUCCUUUUUUUUAUUAUUUUUUUUAUAGAUGAUUGUACUGCUAUUACUUCUUGAAGGAAAUUUACUGCUCCUAAAGUCUGUUUUGGCUGGUAUUCCCAUUUUGAAUAGGCUUCGUUUUCAA